AAUUUUGCACCAAAACCCGUUUCCCCUUAGAGUUCUGGAGUGAAGUGCUGCUGGCAGAAACAGAAUUUGUGGAUAUCAUUCGGGGUAGUUGCAAUCUGCUGCCAGUUAGAUCGACAUCAUGUCUCCUAGAACCAUCAGUGCGUGGAUUCUUGUCCUGUGGAUUAGUUGCUGUGAGCUGGAAUCAGCCUGCGGCCGGCAAUACCGACUGAGGAUCACUCAUCCAGAUGGAACAGGAUUUCGCAGCGAGCUGGUCGAGGAGGCGGAGGGCCAUCAGCAGAUCGAGGGAGAAAUUCGACAAUCGUACAGGGAAGGAGGCACUCUGAUCCUCUUCUACAAAGCUGGUCCCGAUGGCUAUCGCAGUCGUUACACCUAUGAGACGGGCCCAGCUCCGAAAUCCUCCAAUGGUACGCUGCCCAUCAAGAGAAUCGGUGCGAAUGCCUUGAAAUCUUCAGUGGGCUAACAAAGAACGUAAAAUAUUCUUCCAUAAAGUAUCCAAAUAUUUAACUUAACCUUUGAAUAAAAUCUAAAUGGAAGAG